AUGAGCCUCGCCGACGGCGCCCGCGCCCACGGCCUGGCCAGGAACCACACUGACGAGGAGGAGCCCGAGGCAUGGAAGGCGGCGUCGGGUCGGAAAGACACGCGGGACACUGCCGGCGCGAGGGCGAAGUCUGCGGCGACAUCGACCAUGGCCAGCGGUGGCCGAGCGUGGGCACGGCAGCAGGCCUUAUCUGUUUCGAAUGAAAGGAGGAGAGGACAAGUGAGUUUGCUCAAGCUGGAGGAGGACAAGAACCAGUUGUCCAAGGGCUUGGACCCUUGGAGCAACCCUACCGCCGCCACGGCCAGCACCCUGCACUACCUGCUCCAGGAGAAGGAGAGAGCGCAGGCGCAGGAGCAGCUCCAGAUCUACCACCAGCAAGGAUUCAGCUACCUCCAGCACCACCACCGGAGGCAGCAGCAGCAGUCGAGGGCUGCAGCAGGAGCCAGCGCCGGCGGCGAUGGCGUCAGCAGCGGCGAGUCCACGCCCGUUGACGCCUUGGCGACCGCAUUCGGGGGCGGCCGCAUCGUGCGGUCCGCCGCCGGGCGCAAGGACCGCCACAGCAAGGUGUGCACCUCGCGCGGGCUGCGCGACCGCCGUGUCCGCCUCGCCGCGCACACGGCCAUCCGGUUCUACGACGUGCAGGACCGCCUAGGCUACGACCGCCCCAGCAAGGCCGUCGACUGGCUCAUCCGUAACGCCAAGGCCGCCAUCGACGAGCUUCCGGCCGACCGGGCAGAGGGGCAGCAGCCUGCCACGGAGGCAGCAAAUGCCACUGAGCCGGCCGAGCAGGUGACCUCCACGUCGUCCUACGGGUUCGGCAACCCCAGUGGUGGCGCCAUCGGUGGUGUGGCCGGCUCGUUCAUGCCACAUUCUGUCGGCGCCGAUGGCGGCGUCUCCGGCUCCGGCAACGUCAAGUCUUUGUUCCCCUCGUCGUCGACAGCCAGCACCACCCCCACCCAGGACGAGUACAGGGGCUCCCCGCCGGACCUGCUGUCCCGCACGACCAGCAGCCACCAGCCGCAGGAGCUUCGCCUCACUCUCCAGUCUACUAAUAACCAGCAGCAGCACCCGAUCUUCAGCCAUCAUGUGUCCCCGAACCACCACGGUAUGAUCUCUGGUGCAGGCGUCCAAGGCUGGCCGGAGCACGGCCAGAGAAUGCCGUCGUGGCAUGCUGCUUCGGAGAACAGCAGCGCGGGAGACGGCCGCGGCGCCGCCGGCAAUGGGGACAGCUACAUGUUCGGCGUGCCCCCACGGCAUCAAGGGCUAGACCACCAGGGCCAGCUCUUUUCCCAAGGGGAACCCCUUCAGUCCAGUGGCGGCUGGCCGUCUGCCCGCGCUUGGCUAGACCCUCUCGCCGCGAUCCACCAACCAUCGACGAUGGCUGGGCAGGUCGGCGGCUUCAGUCAUCUGGUUGGCGCCGGCGCCGGCGGGUUCAUGGGUUUCCUCGCGCCGGCGACGGCCCAUCAGCGGCUCCAGGGCGAGGACGAGCAAGGAAGCGAAGCAAUGAGAGAGUGA